AUGCAUUCGUGCACAAAUGUUAGCAAUUUCAACAUCAAGGCUUUAAAAUUGUGCAGUUUGGUUGUCUUAAAUUGCCCUGGUGCCAUGUUGCUCAGGUUUUUGAAUAAUCCAUCGCUUACUCGACUUGAUAUACAAGAUUUUGUUGAAGGGGAAGUAAUAGAUUUGGCCAGGGUGUUAUGUAACUUGCCCGAGCUUGAAGAUUUAUCUAUUGAUAGUAAUUCUCUUAAGCUUUUAUCUGCAGAUAAUAUUUCAAAGUGCCUUCCACAUCUGGUUAAUAGUUUAAAGUCUCUGGGGUUGCGGAAUUUUAAAGUUUGUGAUUUGGAUCAACUUCAUGGUGCUCUUUGCUUGAUUCGGAACUUAUUGAAUGUAAAACAUUUUGGAAUAAACUUGAAUAUGGAGCCUCAAGUUGAUGUGGAACCAGCUUCAAAUCAUAUGGAAACCCCAAACUGUUUGCAAUGUACAUUGGAUCAGUUGCAGACUGUGGAGAUAAUAUGUUUAGAAGGAUCAAAACCGGAACUUCUUUUUAUAAAGCUUCUUCUUGCUCAUUCCCCAUCUCUUAAGGAGAUUACCAUUACACCUAGUAAAUCUUCUCGUGUUCAAAAAAGACUUGACAUUGCUAAGGAUGUUAUGCAGUUCCCUAGAGCCUCACCAAAAGCAAAAAUGUUCUACUUGGAUCCGGAACCAUAA